CCCUUCAAGUGACAUCAGUUCAUUCACGUUAGGCUGAGUGGGAGGGUCUGUCGGCAUGCGAACACCACUUCAGGCUCCGGAGUUGUAACAGUGAGGAGGUAAUUAUCACAAGUGCGGAUUGCUGGUUGCGCUCAGGUGACUGGACCGAUGAGAUGAUACUAAAACACAACAGCAGUCCUCUUCUGCUUACCGUCACCUGCAUGUGCUUCUCAGGAGGUCUGCUGUGGUCCUACCAAGAAGAGGAUGCCACUGACGGUGGAGAGUGCUCGGAAAACAACGUUUCCACGACAAAGUACCCUUGCGUGAAGUCGACUGGAGAAGUUACAACGUGUUACAGAAAGAAAUGUUGCAAGGGCUUCAAGUUUGUGUUGGGCCAGUGCAUCCCUGAAGACUAUGAUGUGUGUGCUGGCGCUCCCUGUGAGCAACAGUGUACUGACCACUUUGGGCGAGUUGUAUGCACCUGUUACCCCGGCUACCGCUACGACCGUGAACGCCACAGAAGCCGAGAGAAGCCCUACUGUUUGGACAUCGACGAAUGUGCCGACACAAACACGACUGCAUGCUCUCAGAUCUGCUUGAAUUCUGUGGGGAGCUACAGGUGUGAGUGUGAGAGAGGUUAUUUCCUGGAAGAAGAUGGUAAAACAUGCACCAAGGGGGAGAGAGCAGUGCAUCUCUUUGAGAAGUCAGACAACGUGAUGAAUGCUGGGACCUGCUCAGCCACGUGUGAUGAUUUCCUUCAGAUCAAAAUGUCUGUACUACAGCUGAAGCAGAAGAUGGCCAUGCUGUCAAACAGUGCUGAUGUCCCCGAGCAGAUGACCAACGAGAAAAUCCUGACGUCGCCCAUAUUUUUACCAGGGCCUCCGGGUCUCCCAGGACCUCCAGGAGAUCCAGGACCAGAGGGGCCCCCAGGGCUUAUAGGACUGUUGGGCGCCCCUGGGCAUCCUGGUCCCAGAGGCUUGAUGGGACCUAUCGGGCCCACACCAGACCUGUCCCACAUCAAACGGGGCCCUCGAGGGGCAGUGGGGUCUCCAGGAGCACCAGGAAAAGAUGGUCUAAAGGGGGAGAGAGGAGCUCCUGGGCCUGUCGGACCACCAGGUCCUCCAGGCUCCUUCGAUUUUCUGCUCCUGCUCAUGGCAGACAUUCGCAACGACAUUGCUGACUUGCAGAGUAAGGUGUACGGGCGACCGAUGCACUCACCAGGGGAGGACUUUCCCUCCGUCCCUGACAGCUGGAGGGACAACCAGGACAGUCUGGACACAGGCUCAGGUGAGGACUACAGGGAACCUCCAUCUCGAACAGGCGGGGGGUCUAAGAGGAACAGAAAGAGGAAACCAGCACAUGAGAACACAGACUUUGACUGGAAUAUUUAAAGAGAGUGAGUUUUAAAAACAACAUACCAUCAGGUGUAAAUACUGAGGAGUUUUGCUAUUAUAUUUAACUGUUUUCAAACAGAAUGGACUGUAAACCUUUUGAUCACAGAUGUAUAUUUUUGUAUGAAAUAUAGAUUGUGUGUGUAUAUUUUUUAACAAAAUGAGACUGUGCAGAUGCAUGAUUUUAUUUAAAAUGUUCAGAAACACAUGGUUCCUUCACAGCACAUUAAACAAGUCUCUCAUUAAA